UGACAUUUAAUAGGUGCUUAGUUAUAAAAAAACAACCUUCUUUCGUAUUUUUUAUAUGGUUCAAAUAUGUAUAUAAGUCGAAACAAAUUCAUGUUUUCAUAAAUAUACAGUAUUCCUACAUAAUUGAAGAAUUAUAAAUAGUGAAAUGUCCAUCCAUUUUCAAAUAGUUCUGUUGUGCUGCUGCACAUUGCUAAUUCAGGCAACAGAACCUACAGAAACAUCCGAGACCAAAGAUAUUGUAAAGCCGAAACUGUUUUUUCUCCCUUGGCUUAACAAAUGGGGUUCAAACAGUCAAGACAAGUAUGAGAGCAAAUACAAUGAGCUACUGGCAAUGAAUCAAAAACUAGAAGGAGAGCUCAAGGAGCAGCGUGAAGAAAAUAAACGUCUAAAAGACAAAUACGACAAGGAUAUCAAUCAGUUAAAUGAGAAGCUGCAAAAAGAACUCGAUGCUCUAAAACAAAAAUACGAAAAUGAAAUUAAAAAAAAGGUGGAGGUGCUUAAGUCGAAAAAUAUGAGGUUAACAAACUUAUAUGAAGAAGCUCAGAAAAACUACAAUGAAAAGAAAGUCAAAAAUGCUGAGUUACAAGGACAAAUAAAGCAGCUGUCGUCAGAAAAGAAGCUACUAGAAAAGGAGAAAAAUAAAUUGGUUAAAGAACUAGAAAAGAAAAACACAUAUAUAAAUAGUUUGAAAAAAGUAGGAACUGGGGUUUUGAACUGUAUAACAGAGAGCAAAACAAACAAGGAGACAAAAUUAAUUUUAGAAAAAUUAGCAGAUUGUGAAAAAAUGUUAACCGAUGCAAAUAUUACUCUUUGAGUUUCUAAAGAAACAUUUUUGUUUUUAUCUUUAAUUCACAAUGUUUACUUACAUUAUUAUAAUAAAUAAAAUAAGUUGGUUUUAA